AUGUAAUAAUCAAUAGCAUUUAAAGUUUUAAAGAAUUUCGAUAUUUUUGGACAAAAUAUCCAAUUGAAUUUUAAUGGUGAUGAUUCAUACCAAACUGCCAUCGGAGGUAUUUUUUCGAUAACAAUUAUUGCUGUCAUUGCUUUUUUCUUUUAAUAAAAUAUCAUAGAUUUCAUAAGUAAAAACUAGAUUAAUUUAAAUGUCCAAACACUAUUUGAUGCUAAUCCAGAUGAAAUCAUCUUUAAUGAUAAUAAUUAUAUGUUUGCAUUAGCCAUUGAAUAAAAUGAAUUUAAUACUAAUCCAUACUUCAAUAUAACAUUGAAAUAAAGAAUUUAUACAAGAUUAACAAAUGGAACUUUAAUAAAAUAAGAUUCAUUUAUUGAUUUGAUACCAUGUUCUCUAGACAGAUUUCAAAAUAUUUUUAAUAAUUAAAAUUUCACCGAUCAAUUUAUUUCUCUUAGAUUGUCUGAAUGGUUAUGUCCACAAUACAAUUAUUCAAUUAGAUUAUCUGGAGGAUACACCAGUUAAGUUUUUUAGUUCACUAAAAUAACUGUUUCUGAAUGUUCCAAUUAAACUGAAAAUAAUUAAAUCCUAACUUGGAAACCAUAAUGUGCUAGUACCAAAGAUAGAGAUAAUCAUCUAAAUAAUGAUAGAUCAUUUAGAUUAAAAAUGUAAAUUCACUAUUUUAUGUUUAGGUAUAUGACCAAUACUAUUAUUAAUCCUUUAUAACCAAAAAAUAUAUCUUAAGUAUUCUUAGAUGAUGAACUAUUCUUUUCUUUCCUUUUACUUACAGGAACUGAAACUGAUGUCUUUUAUUAAAAAUAUAAUAUCACUACUAAUCAAAAUAUAUUCCCUUAUAUUGAAGAUAAUUAGGAAUAAUUAUACAAUAUUAAACAACAAGGAGAUUUUAGAGUUAGUAAUGUAUAAAAUAGUGGAUCAUCAUAUUCUGCUAUUUAUAUGAGAAGAAGUCCAUAUACUUAUUAACUUAAGAGAGAUUUUCAAGAUCUUGCUGAUUUACUCUCUUAUUUAGGUGGAUUUGCUAAUAUUGUUGUUAUGAUCUUUGGCUUUUUUAUUACGUUUUAUAAUAAAUCUUAAUGUAUUUUCAAUCAUAUUUUUCUAGUCAUGAUUGAACUUGCUAAUUAAGUUUAUGAUUUCCCAGUUCAAAAUUCUAACAAUAUUGAUUGCUAAUAAAGAAAAGAAAUCAAAAAAACUAUUGCUAGAGCCAAAAGUAGAACUAUUAUUCAAAAACCUAAUUAAUAACACUCAUAAUUGUAAUCACCUAAAUAUAAUUAAAAUUAAUAAUUAAUAGUCAAUUAAACUACUAAAUAAGAUGAAUAAUUAAUAACUAAAUAAGAUGAAUAAUUAAUAACUAAAUAAAAUGAAUAUAAAACCUUCCAAUAAGAAUAAGAAAAAAUCAUAUAGUAAUUAGGUCUUACAGAUAGAAAGAGCUAUUUAACACAAUAAAUUUAGAAAAUCUUAAAUAGGAGUCUUCCUAUUUUCUUUAAUUGCAAAUAUAUUUUGUAUUAAUUAUUCUGUUAAAGAUUCUUUUAUGAUAGGAAUAGUAUUUUAUUACAAAAAGCUAUGUAUUAAUAAUAAUAAUAAUAAUAUAUAUAGAAAAAACAUUAAUCAAGACUUAGAUCUUUGCGUGAUUAUAGAUAAAGUCAAAGAAAUUAAUUUAUUGAAAGAACUAUUAUUGACUGAUGAUCAAUUAGUUUUGUUUGAUUUUGCUCCAAAAGAAGUUAUCAAUUUAGAAGUUGAUUAAAAGAUUACAAUAAAAAACUUAGCAAGAAAUACUUUAAGAAACUUUAAUUAGAUAUCAAACACACUUAAUAGUAAAGAAGAAUAAAAUAAGCCCAGUUCAACAAUUAAUACCUAUUAUAAGCUGUUUAAAGUAUUUUUUGAGCAUUAUAAUAUAGGCUUAUGAUCGCAUCCACUAAUCAUUGUAAUAGAAUGAUAAGAUCAAUGAAAAAUUGAUUGGUAAAUUGGGAUAAGAAGUAAGAGAUAUUUUUGAAGUUUCUCAAUUCAUUUAAUGGGAAAAUCAUAGGAAUAUCAAUAGUGAACCAUUAGAUGAAGAGUUUUAAUGUGAUUCUGUGAAUUCUGAUCCACCUUGCAUUACUAGUUUAGAGUAAUUCAAGAUAAAUUUAAAAUUAAAUAUUUGA